GGGAUUGGCUACUUUAAGUUCAGAGUACGCAUGCUCUGACUUUCUCUCUCGAUGCUUCCACGGAGUACGCACGCUCUGAUUUUCUCUUUCGAUUCUUCCAAAAUCAGAGUCAGACUGCUCCUGGUGCCAUGAAUGGAGACGACGCCUUUGCAAGGAGACCUAGGGUUGGUGCUCAAAUACCAGAGAAGAUACAAAAGGCCUUUGAUGAUAUUGCCAAAUACUUCCCUAAGAAAGAGUGGGAAAAGAUGAAAACCUCAGAGAAAAUCAUCUAUGUGUAUAUGAAGAGAAAGUAUGAGGUCAUGACUAAACUAGGUUUCAAGGCCACCCUCCCACCUUUCAUGCGUAAUACAGUGGCCGAAGACUUCCAGGGGAAUGAUUCUGAUAAUGACCGUAACCGCGGGGAUCAAGUUGAACGUCCUCAGAUGACUUCCGGCAGGCUCCAGGGAAUCUUUCCAAAGAUCAUGCCCGAGAAGCCAGCAGAGGAAGGAAAUGAUUCGAAGGAAGUGCCAGGAGCAUCUGGCCCACAGAACGAUGGGAAACAGCCGUGCCCACCGGGAAAACCAAGUACCUUUAAGAAGAUUAACAAGAGAUCUGGACCCAAAAGAGGGAAACAUGCCUGGACCCAUAGACUGCGUGAGAGAAAGCAGCUGGUGAUUUAUGAAGAGAUCAGCAACCCUGAGGAAGAUGACGAGUAACUCUCCUCGGAGAUAUGACACAUGCCGAUGAUGAGAAGCAGAACUUGGUGACCUUUCACGAACAUGGGCAUGGCUGCGGACCCCUCAUCAUCAGGUGUAUAGGAAGU